AUAUAAUAGGGUAGACGCCCAACUCGAACCUGAGUACCUGAGAAAUGGCGGCCGUCUCCUCCACCUCAACCGCCGCCUCCUACUUCUCCCCGCAGCCGCAGCUGCCGAUCUCCACCGCCGACCCUGCCGCCAGCAAAAGUAGGUUGAUGCGGCAGCCACGGCGGAGCAGCAGCUUCGUGAUGGUGGAGGCGUCCUCUGCCAGCGGCAGCGACGGCGGGGUGGCCAGGACGAAGAGCCUCACGGAGGACGACCUGGAGGAGCUCAAGGGCUGCCUCGACCUCGGCUUCGGAUUCGCGUACAGCGAGAUACCCGAGCUCUGCGGGACGCUGCCCGCGCUCGAACUCUGCUACUCCAUGACCCGGAGGUUCCUCGACGAGCAGAAGGCGCCGGGGCAGGAUGAGGAGUUGGAGCCUGCGUCGCCGCCGCUCCCCAAUUGGAGGAUCUCUGGCCCGGGUGACGAUCCAGAAGAAGUGAAGGCGAGGUUGAAGUAUUGGGCUCAAGCUGUUGCAUGCACUGUCAAGCUCUGCAGCUAAACUAAAGGUCGGAUAGAGGCUGAAGAAUCUGGUUAUAUGGUUUUGGGAUACAGGGAGCGGAAGGGGGUGCUUCUGCUCUCUGGCAUGGAAGCGACAUGAGUGAUCUCAUCUGCUUCUACAAAAAAACUUGGGAAGGGGGAGGAACCAUGAUACGGAACAGCGACAGACCUCGAUUCAGAAUUUGAGAUCCAUGGUCUGAGCUUCUACGAAAGGGUUCGGAAGCCUUGCCAUUCCUCAGGGUGGGUGGUCCGCAUAGUGCAGCGUUUCCAAAUGCAUGACCUGCUGGUUCUUUUUGCUGUUUCCUUGUAAUGAUCAAUAGGUGCUCUAAUUGUCGCACUCUUGUAAUAAUGUACUGAAUCGAAUUUUGAGUUUUGGCCUUUUGGGUACUGAUCCAAGGGUUGAUUAGUUCCAACAUUGGUUUAUUUUGUGCUACUCUGAUAUUGCCAUGUGCAUUAUGCUGUUCUACACGUUCGUAGAAGUUAAUAGCGCGUUUGGUUUCA